UUCUUCGUUUUUCUGUGUGUGCGUCGGAGCCGCUAUUACCUUUUUCCGCCGCCCGCUGAACAUGUCGUCGUCGUCGUCGUCGUCCUCGAAGCCCAGCGACCGCCGGUGGAGCUUCGUCCGCGCGUCCGAGUUCUUUAGCGGCGACGGCAAGCCCGACACGCUCGAUAUCCGUGGCAUGACCGCGGCUGCGAAAGGCGUCUCGUCCAAGCGCCAGAAAUUCCGCAUGAGCGUCGUCAAGAACGGCGUCACGAUCUAUGGCUCCAAGCCGUGCCCGAACGCCGAGCACGACCUUGGCCAUGGCCUCUUGGGCCAGCCGGCGCCCGCGACCGGCGCAUCGACCCCGCUGAAAGACCGCGAACGUAUUUUUAUUGAAGACCCGCGCGCGCCGUGCCUCACGAUCGACUAUGGCAACGACACGUACAAGAUGAUGCCGUCGAUCGAGCGCUUCUCGGCCCAUACGGGCGUGUGCCAGAUUCUGGGUACGAAGCUCAUCCGCGGCGGGAAGCACCAAGUGCACGUUGGCGACAUUCUGCGCUUCGGCUCGGUGGGCCUCCUUGUCACGGAGAUUGACACGGGCCGCACGGGCACGUCGGACGCGUCGCUGUCGCCGUCGGACAUUUCCCACCUCACGCAGCGCCUCGUCUGCCUGGACGAACACCAAGGCGACGUGGACAGCGGCGAUGAUACGGACGAGGCCAACGGCAACGAAGGGUCGCAGUGCGACGACCCGACGGCCACGCGCCUCUCGAACCGCAGCUCGUCGGUCGCGAUCUGCUACGUGUGCUACGACGAGAGCGAAGAUGACAACCCGCUCAUUGCGCCUUGCAAGUGCUCGGGGGACACCAAGUACAUCCACCUGAACUGCCUCAAGCGGUGGCACACGAACGGCGACAAGAACGAGAUUUGCGCGGUCCUCGACGAGAGCGAUGCGCGCACGUGCUCGAUCUGCAAGGCCGCGUACCCGUCGCGCGUCAAGAUCCCAGAGACAGGCACCUACGUCUCGUUGCUGCCGGACCGACUGGACGCACCAAGCAUCAUGCUGCAGGUCGUCACAAAGCACUCGUCGUCGACGCUCAACACGUCGACGCGGUACCAGCUCAGCUACAAGACGCUGCUCGGUCUUGAAGGCAGCCGCCCACUCAUGAUUGGCCGAUCGUCGCAGUGCGACCUCGUGCUCAAGUACCGAACGGUCUCGACGAUCCACGCCGAGCUGCACUACUCCAAGGGCGAGUGGUUUGUCAAGGACGCCGGCAGCUCGAACGGCACGCUGCGCUACAUUUACCGCCCGCUCCCGCUCGCCAACAACCAGAUGCUGCACGUCAAGUUUGGCCGCACGGUGCUCUCGAUCAAGCCGACGAAGAAGCUGCGGCUGCCAUCGCUCUUUGGCAUUGGCAAGCACGAGUCGAGCCAGCUCAUCCGCGAGGACGACCACGACGAGCGGUCGCACCACCGUCACAUGGACGAGUCGUCGCGCGCCCGGUCGGUCCAGGGCCGCGCCUUGUCGGCCGACGCGGUUGACGGUGGAAGCCGCCGCCCCGGCGGCUCGAUGAACGCGAUGACGGAGGUGGCUCGCCGCUUGGACCACCUCGACAUCAACAGUAGACAAAGUUAAGAAGCUCUUAAAGUAUGGUGCGUGUUUUCUCAACGGC